UAUAGUCAAUUUCCCGAUGUAAUUUUGUCUCGUGUAGAAUUUCUUUAGUAAUAGCAUCAUCUUUUAAAUUAAAUAAUUUCGACGCUACACAUUUUUCGUUUCGCCCAAUGCGCUUUAUCACAAGCUUCACCCUCACAUUUUUCUACCAAUUCUGAAGUAUUCAAAUUAACUAGUUUAAUUCAGAAAACUUGUCGAAUCUUUUGAUUAUUUGUAUAUUAAUAAUGUAAUCAGCUGGUGUAUCAAAAUUGAAGUUUAACUUUUCCAUUUAACAUUAGUAAUAAUGUUAAUACUACUUCAUCAUGAAUAUUAUCGUAAGAUUCAAAUGGUUGUCGUCCAGAUGACAUUUCCCAUAGGAGCACACCAACACUACACACAUCUGAUUUCUCAUUUUCUAUAUAAUUAUUAUUGUCGUUUAUUGCUCUUAAAACGUCGCGAAUCAAUAUAAAAUACAAUUCAAAAACACGUCCUUGACAGGAUUUGAUGAAAGACCAAAGACUGUUAAUAUGGCAUUAUUUUGAUGGACCAAUAUAUUAUUAGAAUGGAGAUUAUUAUGAGUAAUAUCUUUUUUGAUGUAUACAUGAGACAGCAUCAGCAAUU